ACAAACACGGAUCGUGCACUAUGCAUUGUUUAAAAGUUUUAAUUUAAAAGAACAAACACCCCAGUUUGGUAAUGGAAAGAAGGAAGUAAUAACAGCUAAGUGGUGAAGGUAUUAUUGUAGAGGGCAGGUGUUUUGCAGAUUAUUGUGUGCGUUUUGUGAGAAUGGGUGAGGGGGAGGGUGGUCCGGAGUGACCGGAUGGACAUCUUUAGAGGGGGGCUUUGAGGAAAUGUGGCGCUUUCACCGACAAACAAUGGUGCUCUUGAAAAUCGCAUGACCUCAAGUCAUCUUUGUAACAUCUACGUUAACCCACGUCGUUGAGCUAUAGUGUGCUCUCUCUAAAUCGGUCCGAUAGUUGUUUUCCUUUUUGUUUUGUUUUUUCUUCCCACAACCUGACCAGGCCCUGAACCAUUGACUGAAGUAUUCCCGAAUCUCCGGUGCUGGUUUCAGUACAAAGUGAUCAAUUGUCAGGACUGUAGUAUUGGCCGAAGGACCGUGCAAACGAGGCUUGUAAAAGGAGACCACCGUGGUUGGUCAUCGUGCAUAGAGAGGAGCCUCCUCAGCUCCCCUAGGCCUUCUGCAUCAUGGCUCUCCUGGCCUACAUCAAGAGCCUGUUCAUCCUUCAACUGUUGAUGGGCUUCGUGUUUGUGGUGAGCGGCCUCAUCAUAAACUUCAUCCAGCUGUGCACGUGCGUCAUCUGGCCAAUCAACAAGCAGCUCUAUCGCAGAAUCAACUGCCGGCUCGCCUACUCGCUCUGGAGCCAGCUGGUGAUGCUGCUGGAGUGGUGGUCGGGCACCGACUGCACUUUAUACACGGACCAGGCCACGGUGGACAAAUUUGGCAAGGAACACGUCAUCAUCAUCCUCAACCACAACUAUGAGAUCGACUUCUUGUGUGGCUGGACCAUGUGCGAAAGAUACGGUAUCCUGGGGAGUUCAAAAGUCUUAGCCAAGCAUGAGCUGCUGAAGGUUCCUCUGAUUGGCUGGACCUGGUACUUCUUGGAAAUCGUGUUUUGCAAAAGAAAGUGGGAAGAAGACCGCAAAACUGUCUUCAGCGGACUUGACAGGCUUAAGGACUACCCUGAACAUAUGUGGUUCCUGCUCUAUUGCGAAGGUACCCGCUUUACAGAGAAGAAGCACCAAAUAAGCAUGCAGGUAGCAGAGAGCAAAGGCUUGCCCAAGCUCAAAUAUCACCUUCUACCACGCACCAAGGGAUUCACAACCACGCUGCGAUGUCUGAAAGGCACAGUGACUGCCGUUUAUGACGUGACGCUCAACUUCAAAGAUAAGCAGACCCCCACUCUCCUGGGCAUCGUCAACGGCAAGAAAUACAAAGCUGACAUGAGCGUAAGACGUUUCCCUGUGGAAGAGAUCCCAGAUGACGAAGCAGAGUGUGCCAACUGGCUGCAUAAGCUCUACCAGGAGAAGGAUGCCUUACAGGAGACAUACAGCAAGGAAGGCAAGUUCCCGGGGCCCACAAUAAUCCCUCCUCGCCGUCUGUGGACACUGCUCAACUUCCUGUUCUGGGCCAUGCUGCUGCUUUCACCACUUAUCAAGUUUGCAUGCGGAGUGGCGGUCAGCGGCUCUCCGCUGCUCAUUAUCGGCUUCAUCAUCUUCCUCAUCAUAGCCUCUGUUGCAAUCCGCCGCCUGAUCGGCGUUACGGAGGUCAACAAGACGGGUUCCAGUUAUGGUGACCAGGAGACCAAGAAACAAAACUAACACACCCUAGACUGACUCCCGCUCUCCUCCUGCCGUCCAAUUGGUCACCAGGCCGGGGGGGGGGGGAGACCCGGCUGUGAAACCACAAUAGAGCAGACUUAGAAACCCUAAAGAGUAAAUUCACCGGAGGUCAACAAGACAUGAGGUGGGAGGGGGAGAUGCUGUACUGCAUCUAAAGCCAAGUAGUGACCCGUUUUCCACAGCCAAGCCCCGUUAAUCCUGCCGAUCAUAAACCUCUCACCUCCUAACCUACCUGCAGUCACGUGGAAGGCCACAAACAUAGCCUGCGUCUCGCUUUGCACUACCUCCCCAACAAACCACACUUACUGUCCGUCGUCACCCAAUUAGGAAGCGGCGGUGUUCUUCUAGUCAGAACAGGGCCCUCCAUCCAUGUGGCCCCGCCCCCGUCUCCCUUUCACACGCCUGUGUUUCUUGUUUCUUUUUUUUUUUUCAGCAAAAACUUCACUAAACCAUGGAAACAUGACCAUUAAUUUUUUUGUAAUCAUUUUGUGUGAGCAUCAUGACCUGGUCCCCUUUUCGAGGGGGCGGGGGGUUCUUCAAAAAGGGCUGUGCAUGUGCAAGCUGUCAUACCUGACCUAAAGCUCUGGAAUUCCUUUUCCGAAACUAAAUGCUCUUCAUGUUGUAAGUAGCAUAUAGAAUGAAAUUAAUAAAAAAAAAAAAAACAUUUUACUUCAUUGUUAUUUUAUUCAAAAUGUUUAACGCUGCUCCUAGUUAGUUUACUGUCAAACAAAACUUUAAACAAAAAAUAAUUGCAUUGUGUGUUUAAAACAUUUACAUAGCUUUGCAUUCAUUCCAUUUGUUUUGCUUUAUGCUAACAAUGAAAUAUGACACUAGCACAGGUGCUGUGUUCGAACCCUUUAAGCAAUGGAUAUUUGAACACAAAACGGUGCAGCACAUAUCGACUGACAAGCUUUUAUAGAUCAAAUUUAAAAAAACAAUGUAAAUAUCUCAAAAAUCAGAUGCGCUAGAAAGACAUUUUUUAAAAUCGUUUUGAAAUCAAUCAUCAUUAUAAUACGUUCCAGAGCUAACAUCCUUAUUUUUCUAAUUAAAACAACUCCCCCUUGCCCCUCAAACACUAGUGAGCUGGCAACCAUGACCGGUGAGGAGUGUGUGGGGGUUGUUCUGCCAGAUUCCAGGCUAAAGGUCACCAGUUGUCUCCACGUAGCCUCACGCAGCUGUUGACAUAAAGUUUGCCUGGCCACUUAUAGACUGUAGUCGUAGUGCUAAGUUAACCUUUGCCUUAAAUCAAGCUUGCUCAGGCAAGGGGCCCGCGUCCUCCCUCACCUCCACCACUUUCGACCAUGUCAAACAACACGGAUAUUUUCCACACGUCCUAGUUACAUAGUCACGAGUAACCCCCCCAACACGUUACAUAUUCCACUCUUCUUCCACCUCCCUCCAAUGGCACAUGUAGCGUCCAUCCAAAGUUUUUUUAUCUACGUAUUUCCUCCAUUCUCACCAUCCAUUGAGAUUUUCAUGCAAGCCUUAAAACGAGACUGCUUCUUCUGAUUUGUGUUGACUGACUGAGCCCCUGAGCUAUACUGGAUCAAAGUUUGCUAGUAGUAAAAUACUCAGUAGAAAAUGAAGAGGAAGAUGACUCACUGGUGUGUUUAAACUACUGCAGAAUAGUUUUGAAAGAUCCAGCUGAGUAGUCGCAGAAGAGAUGCAGGCGUUUGGCACAGGAUGUUUUUUUUUAUUUGGUCAACAAAAGUGAAAUCUGACACCACCAUAAAAAUAAUUUACGAUAAUCACGCAUUCCUCUCGAGUCAUCUGCUUUUUUUGUUUUAUUUUUGUUUGUUUUUGUUUUUUGGUCCAUCACCCCCACCCCACCCUCACCUGUUAUUAAAAGACUUGAAUCACAAA